AUGAACAAAGUUAGUCUGGUGUAUUCUGUAAACAGGACCAAAAAAUCUCAUAGGGAUAACAUUGAUUUGGCGUAUCGGCGUGCAAACAACUCAAAUGAAGGAUCUGAUGCUGAUACCGAUGUUGAAGAACAAGAAGUCGAAAUUGAUGGCAAUAUGGGCAGUCGUGGUGCUAGUGCUGGUGUGGGUUCUAGUCAACUAGUUUCUCAGAAUCAGACAAAGAGAAAGAGGAUAAGCCAAAGUAAUAGUAGAGGUCCAAUUGAUUUAUAUAUGAAGACAGACCACCAAAAAACUCAACAGGCCACUCUUGAAAGAGACUCAGCUGUGAAAGAGAAGUUAAUGAAGACUGCAUGGAAAUGCAUUUCAGCUUGGAUGACUGAGAAUUCAGUAUCAUUUAACACUGUUCGUUGCCCAAGUUUCAAAGAAAUGAUAUAUGCAAUAGGCGACUAUGGGAAAGCUAUGCCCCCACCAUCUUACCAUCAGAUUCGUACGAAUCUUUUCAAGGACCGGUUAGUAGAAAUGAAGAAAUUUGUUGAUACAUUUAGGGAACAUUGGAAGAGGUUUGGAUGUUCUAUCAUGUCUGAUGGCUGGACAGAUGGGAAAAAGCGACAUCUUAUUAACUUUUUGGUGAAUUGUCCGAAAGGGACAGUUUUUUUGAAGUCUGUGGAUGCGUCAAACAGAACCAAUGAUGCUGAUUUUAUACGUGGGCUUGUAAAGGAGGUAAUUAACGAUGUUGGGGAAGAAAAUAUAGUUCAGUUCAUUACCGAUAAUGGUUCAAAUUUUAAAAAGGCAGGGAAAGAUUUAAUGCUUGAAUACCCAAAUAUGUUUUGGACUCCUUGUGGUGCUCAUUGUGUUCAGUUGAUGCUAGAAGAACUUGGUGGCAAGCUUCCACGAAUCAAGACAGCCGUCAUUCUAGGUAAGAUACUCGUUACAUAUAUUUAUGCUCAUUUUCAAGUAUUAAGCUUAAUGAGGGAGAUGAUCGGUGGUGAAUUACAUAGGUCUACAAAGAAUAGAUUUGCAACUCAGUCUACACACUAG